AACCAGCCAUCCCACUUCCUCUGGCCGAAUGUGGCGUGUGGUGUUUUGAGAGGAAGUCUGACCCUUCAGGGCGCCUGUAUGUUAGAGAACUGCGUCUCCUGCCCUCGCGCGUGGUGAAAUAUAAACAUGGCGGCGCCCAUGAAGGCCAAAAAAUCUAUAACGUGUUAAGGAAGGAUCCUGAAGAUAACUGUACCAAAAUAAUUACUCUUAACCUCCAUUUACAAGUACAGUUAACAAAAGCUGUUUCAGGAUCUACUGCUUGUUGGAAGGGGAGACCAUGCUGAGGAAUCUGAAGAGACUCAUUUGUCAGGGACACAAGCUGGAAUAUGAUUGCUUUCUACAUGCCAGGCCCAGGAACUGGCAAAGCACUGCUGCCAUCCAGGAUGCCCAGCCACCACCAGAAAAGCCCAGAGCAAUCUUCCGCACCAGUGAGAGCAACCCGGCCAAUCACGCCGAAGAACAUCUGGGCCAGUAUUACAGCCUACCCCUCCAAGAGGUGAAGGUGAUGCUCCCACACGGACUCCCAGAGCGCUUCAAGUUGCAGAUGAAAACCUUCAACGAAGCGUGCUUCAUGGUGAGGGAGCCGGCUCUCGAACUCCUCAACUGCUUAAAACACACCAACUUUGCUCACCCAGCCGUUCGAUACGUCCUCUAUGGCGAAAAGGCCACAGGGAAGACCAUGACUCUCUGCCAUGUGAUCCAUUACUGCUCAAAGCAGAACUGGCUAAUCCUGCACAUUCCAGAUGCCCACCUCUGGGUAAAGAAUUGCAAAGAACUGCUGCCGUCUUCCUACCACAAGGACCGCCUCGACCAGCCGCUGGAAGCCUCGACCUGGCUGAAGAACUUCAAAUCCACCAAUGAGCGCUUCUUGAAAGAGAUCAAAACGCAACGGAAGUACAUGUGGGGCAAGCGAGACUGCACCGAGGAAGGCAGCCCCCUGGUAGAGGUGAUAGAGCAGGGUUUAACUCGGGUGAAAAAUGCCAGUGACGCAGUGGGGGUGAUCUUGAAAGAGCUGAAGCAGCAAUGCCCUCAGGGAUUGUUCAGGCUCCUGGUGGCCGUGGACGGAAUCAACGCCCUCUGGGGAAGGACGACGCUGAAGAAACAAGACAAGAGCAUUGUCUCUGCAGAGGAACUGACGCUGGUUCACAACUUGAGGAAGAUGGUGGCCAAUGACUGGACUGGCGGUGCCAUCAUCACUACCCUCAGCCAGACAGGAGCGCUUUUCCAACCCCGCAAAGCUUACCGACCCCAUGAAUUGCUAGGAAAGGAGGGUUUUGAUGCCCUGGACCCCUUCAUCCCCAUCCAGGUGUUCAACUACACUGACCGAGAGUUUGAGAGCUGCUACCAAUACUACCUGGAGCGCAGGUGGCUUCAGCAUGAAAAAGCCAGCACAGAUGAAGGUCGCAUGGAGCUUCGUUUUCUCUCUGGAGGCAACCCUGGACAGUUUGACCACGUCAGCUCCUCCUUGUGACAUUGUGUGUCUCUUCCCCACCCCAUCCCCCAAAACAUCGACAUCACAGCCGAAGUAACUCCUGCCUAGUCAAUAAACAAACCCCACAACGCACACACUCAUCUUAACGUGCUCUCCCUAUGUAUUUAUAAAUAGGGACAGGAAGGAGAAAGUCUGUGCAACUGGGCCAGGACGAGCUUUAAUAUGUGCACGCCACAGUGCGAUUUUGACAUUGGCCCUCCAGAGGUUGUUGGACUCCAACUCCCAUCACCCCUUGCCAGCAUUUCCCAAAGAUGAUGGGAGGUACAGUUGAACCAUAUUCUUGGAAUCAAACUCCCAUCAGCCCCAGACAGCACAGCCAAUGGUCAGGGAUGAUGGGAGUUAGUCGAGCAGUAUCUGGUGGGCCACAGAUUCCCUGCCCCUGCAGUAGAAGGUUUGAGUCUAAAUUCAGCUAAGUGGAGAUGGAGUUUCCUUGUUAAUUUUGCCUGGUUCGGUUGGAAUUAAGUUGCUUGAAUGAGGGGAAAGGGAACAGUUCAGGAUGAUAGCACAGGUGUGAUGGAGCAGUAAUGUGUUUACCCACAAAAAAAGUAAAGUAGCAGCAAAUAUAGGAGGAGUUUGUGCUCUUCCGUCAUUUUGUGUAAAAUGUAUUUAUUUAAAAACCAUUCAAAAGUGCAGCCUGCUUGCAUGUUAAAUCAGCAUGCAGUUGGGUGCUGGCACUGAGCUUGGGAGGUUAACUUGGGCAUUGAAUUAGAUUCAGCUUUGCUGCAAGCUGUGAGUGUUUUAGAUGGGUGGGUGACUUGUUGGUUGUUUUUUGCAGGAGUGCCAGACUAACUUCAGCCCCAUAUUUUACAUGCAUUAUCAACAGUGUGUACUAUGCUGCUGGGUUCUCAUAAGUACAGCCCCUUCAGCUGAAGUAUGAUGGUAAUAGAUUGCGUUGUGAUUGACACUGUAUAUAUAUUUUGAAAAAAUAACACUGUUUUUCAAUCAGUGUAAAACCUGAGUUAAGAAAAGCAUGGACUCUUGUCUUUGCUGAUACUACUAUUUCUGUCCAAUCACAGGUUCAAAAAUCCUGGCUUGUUUUCUGUUGAGCACUCUUACUUCUAGGCUGGGCCUCAAAUAAUAAAAUAAAGUCAGGAAGUUCCAUUUCCACGCGAUAAAAUUGUCACAUUUUUGCCCUAUCUCUACAACAGCACAGAGAUAGGAAAGGUUAGAAGGGCACCAGUGCUUUUCUGUUAAAAAUGGAGACCAGUGCUUUCAUUAUUCAAAAGUGCCUACAUGCUACCCACCUCCAACAGAGGGGGGAGAGGGGGAAGCAGGGUCCAUGCCACCGGUAAGACUAGCUUCAUCAAGGUCCCUCCCUCCCUCCACGGUGGUAUUUCACCUGCCAUUUCAGGAGGCUGCAAGAGCGAGAUGGGAAGCAGGACCCCCCUCCAUUGUCUUGACUGAAAGAACUCUUAUUUGGCCCCUUCAUCUCUCUGAAUUUGUUUCCAUUUAGUCUGGUUGUAUGGCUUGUGCAAAGGACUGUAUAUGAAUUAUAUAAAUAAAUUUUAAGAA